AUGUUUAAAAAUUGUAUUUUUUUCGCUCCUUAAUUAGCUGAUAGUUAUUCGGCUGAGCAAGUAAAUGGAGCUUUAAGAAAUAAAUUGUAGGAUAAUCCAGUUGAAGACCUUUUCACUGAUAGAAGAUAAGUAACAUCGGAUCAAAAUUUUGUGAAUCGAAUCAAUGAGACAAAGAGAAUAGAGCUAUUAAGAUUAAGUAAGAGAAUAAAGAAUAAUUGA